AUGGCUUUCGGUAAGGACAUGGACGCCUGGGCCGGCGACACCGGCCUGUCGCUCGUCGAGAGGAACGAGAAGAAGUCGCGCUUCUCCGUCUCGUGGGCCGAGGCCAAGCUUCUCACCAUCGCCGGUGUCGGUUUCCUGAUGGACGCCUGGGAUCUCUUCAUCAUCAACAUCAUCUACUCCAUCAUCCUCCUCGCCUACUACCCCAAGGGCACCAAGAACAUCGACUGGGGUCUCCAGGGCGGUGUGCUCAAGGCUUCCGCCAACAUCGGCAACAUUGUCGGUCAGCUCUUCUUCGGCUUCUGCGGUGACAUGUUCGGCCGUUCCGCCGUCUACGGCAAGGAGCUCCUCAUCGUCAUCGUCGCCGUCAUCCUCCAGAUCUCGGCUCCCGACUCGAUCGGCGGCCACGGCAUCACCAUCUGGCUCGCCGUCCUCCGUUUCGUCAUGGGCAUCGGUAUCGGCGGUGACUACCCCAUGAGCGCUACCAUCGUCUCUGACCGAUCCUCGCUCAGGAACCGUGGUUUCCUCCUCUCCUGGAUCUUCUCCAACCAGGGUUGGGGUAACCUCGUCGGCGCCCUCUUCGCCGUCAUCGUCAUCGCCGGCUACCGCCACUACGUCGACGCCGGCCAGGUUCACAAGCUCUCGGGCGCCUGGCGCAUCCUCCAGGGUCUUACCCUCAUCCCCGCCUUCAUCGUCCUCUACUUCCGUCUGACCCUCGUCGAGUCCACCCGAUUCACCCAGGCUCGUAAGCUCCAGGACGACCCCGAGCUCAUCGCCAAGGGCCACAACAACCUCAACCGCUCCAACUCGGACGACGACGACCUCAAGGAGAAGGCCCUCGGCGGCGACGUCACCCCCAUCGAGAACACCGCCGUCGGCAUGUCGUUCAAGUCGAUCGGCAAGCCCAAGAACGAGUUCAUCGAGUACUUCUCCCAGUGGAAGAACGCAAAGAAGCUCAUCGGAUGCGCCGCCUGCUGGUUCCUCGUCGACAUCACCUUCUACGGCAUCAACCUCAACCAGUCCUCCAUCCUCUCCGCCAUCGGCUUCACCAAGGGUUCCACCUGGGGCAAGCUCAUGAAGACCGCCACCGGCAACCUCAUCAUCACCGCGGCAGGUUUCCUGCCCGGUUACUUCUUCACCAUGUUCACCGUCGACAUCGUCGGCCGCAAGCCCAUCCAGUUCAUCGGUUUCCUCGCCAACGCCCUCUUCCUCGGCAUCCUCGCCGGCCGCUUCAACACCCUCAAGAACCAGACCGGUCCCUUCUUCACCGUAUUCGUCUUCUUGCAGCUGUCGUUCAACUUUGGCCCCAACUCAAGCACCUUCAUCAUCCCUGCGGAGGCCUUCCCUACUCGCGUACGAGCUACGGCUCACGGCUUCUGCGCAGCAUGCGGAAAGUGCGGUGCUAUCCUGUCUUCGCUGCUGUUUUCGCACCUUGCUAGCGCGACGUCGCUUGGCAACCAGGGCGUCUUCUGGAUCUUCUUCGGUGUGUCGGUUUUGGGUGCCAUCGUCACCUUCUUCCUGGUUCCCGAGACCAACGGCUACGAUGCCGACGAGGAGGACCGCCGCGAGCUCGCUGCGCGCGCUGGUGUCCACUCGGUGACGGUGCGGAGCAUGCAUACCGAGCGCGGGAGGGAGGACGAGGAGGAUGAGGAGGCGAUGAGGAGGAGCGCGUCUGCAAACACCGCUGUCAAAAUACUCGACAUGCUGGAUGCUCUGGUUAUCAAGGCGCUGCGUGCGAUCCUGCCGCUGGCCACCGCCGUGAUCACACCUACUCAACCGCCUGCACCCAAACCGGAUGUCACCACUUACAUCCCCUCGCCGUUUGUACCCGGCAAGAUCCCGACCAAGCAGCACCGACGUCGGCUCAAGGCGGAUAUCUACGAGCCGCCCGGUGCGCCCGACGACGUGGCGCUGCCGGUCGUCAUCAAUCUGCACGGCUCCGGCUUCUGCUUCCACACGCACGGCGACGAUUCGCGCUUCUGUGCCUACGCCGCUCGCACGCUUCCCGCCGUCGUCAUCGAUGUCGAUUACUCGCAUGCGCCCGAGCAUCCAUGGCCAGCCGCAAUCGAAGACGUCGACUCUGCCGUCCUCUUCGUCAAGCACUUUGCGCGCGAGAACCGCAAGCAGCGCCGGCGACACGGUGCCGUCGGCGCGACCGGCCGCAAGGAGUGGCUGUGGGACUCGGACCGCAUCGCGCUCGUCGGCUUCAGCUCAGGCGGCAACUUGGCGCUCAUUGGUUCCACGCGCGCCGAGGCUCACGGUGGUGUCCAGGCCUCGGUAGCUUUCUAUCCCUCGACCAACCUUGAUGAGGAUCCGUACGACAAGCCGCAGCUCUCGCCAAUCAAGGGCGCGGCGGGCGGGACGAUGCCGCCAUGGCUGCGAAAGAUGCUCUACACUUGCUACGUACCGAUCGAAACAGUCAAGGACCGAAAGCAGCCACUCAUCUCGCCACUCUUUGCUGAUCCAGCUUCGUUCCCGCCCUCGGUCACCAUCCUGACCGCCGAGCAAGACUCGCUUGCGCGCGAGGGAACGCGCCUCGCAGACCGCCUCGAAGCGAGCGCUGCCUACAAGGGCUCCGUCGUCCACUGGCAGGCGGAAGGUCAGGGUCACAACUGGGACAAGAUGACCCAACAAGGUUCUGCAGCCGCUCAACUUAAAGACGAAGCUUAUGCGCUGGCGGUCGGUCGCAUCCGCGAUGCCUUUGCGUCCGUUGCAAUCGGCUACGACGAUGUCCGCGAACAAGAGGAGGACGAGGACGAGGAUGAUGCAGAUGACGCACAGGACGACAGUCAAGACGUCCUUGCAGGUGCACGUAGCCUUUCACAGCUCGGACGCCGCUCCGAUGCGGCCGACUCACGCCCACUGUCACACUCGCGAUCCAGCCUCAACACUUCAACGACCGCCGCCGGCCGCGACUCGCUCUCCCGCCCUGCCACUCUGAAGAGCCCCAAACUUUAA